AUGGAGGCAGAUGAGGAGGUGGAUGUUCAAGGCCAGGAAGCCCCCUAUGUGAUGCUGAAAAAAAAUUCUGAGCUGUUUCAAGACAACGAUCGUUAUGAAGGUUAUUGCGUGGACCUGGCUGCAGAAAUCGCAAAGCACUGUGGGAUACGUUACCAGCUAAAGAUUGUGGGAGAUGGCAAAUAUGGAGCCAGAGAUGCAGAAACCAAAAUCUGGAAUGGUAUGGUUGGAGAGCUGGUCUAUGGGAAAGCAGAUAUAGCUGUCGCUCCCCUGACGAUCACUCUGGUUCGAGAGGAGGUGAUAGAUUUCUCCAAACCCUUCAUGUCUCUGGGAAUCUCCAUCAUGAUCAAGAAGCCGCAGAAAUCUAAACCAGGAGUCUUCUCCUUCCUCGACCCGUUGGCCUAUGAAAUCUGGAUGUGCAUUGUCUUUGCAUACAUAGGAGUUAGUGUGGUUCUCUUUCUGGUUUCCAGAUUCAGCCCCUAUGAGUGGACAUUAGAGGAGCCAGAGGACGGAGCUUUGCCACUGACGACCGAAUCUACUAAUGAGUUUGGGAUUUUUAACUCCCUUUGGUUUUCUCUUGGGGCUUUUAUGAGGCAAGGUUGCGACAUCUCACCAAGGUCUCUGUCUGGCCGGAUUGUGGGCGGUGUGUGGUGGUUUUUUACCCUGAUCAUCAUCUCUUCGUACACUGCUAACCUGGCGGCCUUCCUGACGGUGGAGAGGAUGGUUUCCCCCAUCGAGAGCGCUGAAGAUCUGGCCAAACAGACCGACAUUGCAUACGGGACCCUGGACUCCGGAUCCACCAAGGAGUUCUUUAGGCGCUCCAAAAUCGCCUUGUUUGACAAGAUGUGGCAGUACAUGAAAUCAGCAGAACCUUCAGUCUUUGUGAAGAAAACAUCAGAGGGUGUCCUGCGAGUAAGGAAGUCCAAAGGGAAGUACGCCUACCUGCUGGAGUCCACCAUGAACGAGUACAUCGAGCAGAGGAAACCCUGUGACACCAUGAAAGUGGGAGGAAACCUGGACUCCAAAGGAUAUGGCAUCGCCACACCUAAAGGAUCCCCAUUAAGAAAUGCGGUGAACCUGGCGGUGUUAAAGUUGAACGAGCAGGGGCUGCUGGACAAACUGAAAAACAAGUGGUGGUAUGACAAGGGAGAGUGCGGCAGCGGAGGAGGGGAGAGCAAG